AUGGCCAGGAAGGCUUCACAGCUGAUAAUGGAUCUCCACCAGCAGCAGAGGCACCAGGAGCAAAGGUGCCCAUUUAUACCCUUGUGUCCAAAUCAGCUAUCAAUCAAACAAGCCAAGGCCAUAGGGAGCCACGGUCAGGAUGAUGUCUCCCACUGUGAGGCCGCCGCCGGGAGCCGACGUGACGAAAGGAAACUCUCCAUAAUCUGCUCCGCCACCAACCGCGACCCCCAGCUCUCCAGACGCGCCAAGCAAGGGGAUGAAGACGGUUUUGAGGAAGGAGACCAUGUCAAGGUGGACCUGCGGCCUGAAUCUUCGACGGAGGCGGACUAUGAGAGCGUUCCUGUCGAGGCUUAUGGACUCGCUAUGCUGAAAGGAAUGGGCUGGAAGAAAGGAGAGGGAAUCGGACGAACAUUCAAACAAGACGUGAAGCCAAUCGAACACGAGCUCCGUCCGAAAGGGCUGGGCCUCGGCGCCGAUCGAUCGGCCAUCAAGGAUCUGGAGCCCAGCAAGCGCCAGCGGCCGCCGAAGCCGGGCGAGGAGCAAACCAAGCAGGAGGAGCUGGCCAUGGUUCCUGGCGGCUGCGUUCUGGUGGGAUCCGGGGCCCACAAGGACCUAUACGGCAAAAUUGAAGGCGUAGACGCAGACAACGCUCGAGUUGUGGUAAAGCUCGCCAUCGGCGGAAAGACGGUGACACUCAGCCAGUACGGAGUUAAACUGGUCGGGAGGAAAGAGUACGAGAAAUACAGCAAAGACCUCAGUCGGCUCAGUAAGGCCCACAAAGAGAAGGAGAAAGAGAAGGAGAAGGAGCGACAGAGACUUGAGGAGAAAGAAAAGAGCAGCAGCAGUGACAAAGUCAAACACAAGUCAUCCGAAAGGGAGGAAGGCAAAGACGAGAGGAAGAGGAAACACAGAGAAUCAAGUCAAGACAGAGAUAAGCCACCGGUGAAAGAAGCACGGCAGGYUCCAGCUCCUCCCUCCUGGCUCCAGAGGGACCUGAAGGUCCGCUUCAUAGACAAGGCAUUUAAAGGCGGCCGCUACUACAACUCAAAGAUGCGAGUGGAGGAUGUCCUGACGACGUUUACCUGCGUGUGUCGAACCGAAGAGGGAAGACUGCUAGACGAUGUGAAGCAGAACAUGCUGGAAACCAUCAUCCCAAAAGGAGAGUACGACGCCGUGAUGGUGGUUCUGGGCGAGCACAGAGGACAGGUCGGCCGUAUUCUUCAGCGGGAUAAGAACAAGUGCAGAGCGAUGGUGCAGCUCGACAGAUAYGAGGAGAAACUAUUCACUCUGGAUUAUGACUCCAUUUGUCACUAUGUGGGAGCCUCAGACCACUGAUAUCAGGCUUUUUGUCAUGUUCAGAUGUAACUUCAAAUCAUGUAAUGUUUUUUUAAUAAAAAUAUAUUUAAAAAUUCA